AUGACAAGUUGUAAUAAUCGCAAACACCACAAUCAUUAUUCUUAUCAUCAUCGUUCAACAUCCUCUUCUUAUUCCUCCUCCUCCAUUUACCAUGGAUCUUCUUCAUAUCCAUCAGAACAACCAUCACAACCAUCACAACCAUCACUACAACCCAAUAAUACAUCAACUGUCAGUAGUUCUUUAAAUGUUAAUCACUCUCCACAAAAAACUUUAUUUGAAACACCUACAAAACCUAUUCAAAUUCCUGUAUUUGCUCCAACAUAUGAAGAAACUUGGACACAUUGUAAAGUUGAAGGUCAACGAUUAAGAGAAGCAGAGGUUAAAUUAACGGAGAGUGUUAGAAAAUCACAAAUAGAUCUUGAUAAAGCAAGUUGGGAAUUGAAGAAAGUCAUUCAUCAAACUGCUUUGGCAACUAGACAAAUCGAAAUACUUUUCUCUAACAACGAAAAAGAAGUUGAAGCUUUAAAUAAAUUAGCAGAAAAAGAAAUUGCUGUAAACAAAGAAACAGGAAAUAUACAAGAUGGAAAUCAGCAGGGACAACAAGAUGGAAAUCAACAGGGACAACAAGAUGAAAAUGUAAAUUCAGGAAAAAUUGAUGACAUAUUUGCACAAUUAGAAAAUACCAAGAUAUCGAUUAAAGAAAAUCUAGAGAGAGAAGAACCACCAUCAUGUUGGUCAAGUGUUUUAAUGUAUUUUGUUUUGAAGAAAUGGUUGAAAGUAGUUUAA